AUGGCUAGUGAUGUGGAUGAGUGCGCAGCGGGAACAGCGGUGUGUCCACGCUUCAGGAAAUGCAUCAACACAUUUGGGAGCUACAUCUGCAAAUGUCACGACGGCUUUGACCUCCAAUACGUCAAUGGGAAAUACCAGUGCCAAGAUGUGGAUGAGUGCUCUUUAGGCCAGAGCCAGUGCAGCCGCUUCGCCACCUGCUACAACACGCCGGGCUCCUACAAGUGCAAAUGCAGAGACGGCUUCAGGGGGAUGGGCCACGACUGCAAACCUUUCCCCAAAGCGGACCACCACAACCACCGUCAGACCCCCAGUCACCGAAAAACGAGUCUUCAUCCCGAGAAUUACAACACCUGCUACUACUACCACCACCACUACUACUACUACUACUACCACAACUUCAACUACUACAACAACAAAACCACCACCAAAAAGGAUCACUCCACCACGCAAACCAGCAGUCCCCACAAAGAAGCCUUCCAUACCGACCCGGAAGCCUCCAGUGCCCACUCGAAAGCCCUCGGUGCCCACUCGAAAACCCUACGUGACACCGAAACAUGCGCCGCCACCCACCAGACGACCCUUUAUGCCGCCCCCACCUGCCCCGGUAACUCCAGUGGACAAUAG